AUGGGAAAGACAAAUAAGGACAAGAGGGAUUUAUAUUAUCGACGAGCGAAAGAAGAGGGAUGGCGAGCUAGAUCUGCAUAUAAACUACUCCAACUUGAUCAGGAGUUUAACCUUCUCAACUCAAAUGUUAAGCGUGUGGUUGAUCUAUGUGCAGCUCCAGGUUCUUGGUCUCAAGUUUUGAGUAAAAGACUCCAUUCAAGUACCACCGCUACCAAUAAUUCAUCUACUGCUACGACUCCUAUUACUCCUACUACUCCUACUGCUCCUACUGCUGCUGCUGCUGCUACUACUACAUCCUCUGUUAAUGUCAAUGCCGAUGCGGCCAAAAUUGUUGCAGUUGAUUUACAGCCAAUGACCCCGAUAGAAGGAGUCACAACAAUUCAAGCGGAUAUCACGCAUCCAAAAACCUUGCAACAAAUUCUAGACUGCUUUGAUAAUGAACUUGCUGAUUUUGUAUGCAGUGACGGUGCGCCUGAUGUCACGGGACUUCAUGAUUUGGAUGAGUAUGUUCAACAUCAAUUGGUAUGGGCUGCCUUACAACUCACCACUUGUAUUUUGAAACCAGGUGGUUCUUUUGCAGCAAAAAUUUUUAGAGGUAAGGAUAUUGAUGUGAUGUAUAAACAAUUUAGCAAAUUUUUCGAUAGAGUCGUGUGCGCCAAGCCCAGAAGUUCGCGAGGUACCAGUCUUGAAGCAUUUAUUGUUGGACUUGGCUAUAGACCCAUCGAAGGGUGGGUGCCCAAAUUAGACGCAAGUAUGUCGACGAAUGAAUUUUUUGAAGGAGCGGGGUUACAUGGUGGAGCUAAUGAUGAAGUCUAUGAAAUGGGAGAUGAGGAUAGAGAAAUUGUAGAGUUUAUUGCCUGUGGAGAUGUCAAUGGUAUAGACUCUGAUGCCACAUAUGAAUUAGAUGCUGAUUCGCUACGGUUAGAUCCUGUACAAAAGCCAACGGCUCCACCAUAUAAGAAAGCACUUGAAAUGAAAAGAAGAGGUGAAUUGGUUCAACGAUAG